AUGAUCGCGUUGUCCCGCUCCACAGCCCCAAGUACAACGCUUGCGCUCCGUGAAGAAGUGUGUGACCUCAAGAAAGUCGGAAUCUUGGCCAUCAAAGUCUUCAAGUUGGCCCCUGCCAAUGUCAAGGACCGUACUCAAAACCACUCUCACUUCUGUUGCUCGUACUUCAACAAGAUCAUGACGCGUAAGCCAUUGUUGUAA